AUGAUUAUCGAUCCCAAUCCGGUGGAUUCUACAACAGGUGUUUGGCUGGGACUCUUCCUGAUUACAUUUCUGUAUAUUUUGAUCGCUUUUGAAAUAACAGAUCGCGCAUUUGCCGGAGUUCUGGUUUCCCUUACCGCUUUGGGCAUUCUUUCCGCGAUGGGAGUUCGACCAUCAUUUGAGAAGAUUCUUUCGUGGAUCGAUAUUGAUACUAUAAUAUUACUAUUUGGCAUGAUGAUUAUGGUUGCGAUUCUCGCCGAUACGGGUCUAUUCGAUUAUCUCUCACUGUUUGCCUAUCGAUUGUCAAAGGGAAAGACUUGGCUUCUUCUAUUUUAUCUGUACAUGUUCACUGGCAUUUUAUCCGCUUUUUUGGACGGUGUGACCAUGGUGCUGAUGAUGGUACCUGUGACUAUACGACUGUGUGAGGCCGUGGGAUUACAUACCACAUUGGUUGUCAUCAGCAUUGUGGCAUUCUCGAAUAUUGGCGGAGCACUCACGCCCGUGGGGGAUCCCCCCAACAUGAUAAUUGCCACCAACAGUUAUGUGGUUAGCAAGGGCGUUGACUUUGGUAAUUUUACUCUGCACAUGUUACCGGGUGUUGUUGUAAGCAUGAUUUUGGGUUUUCUGUCAAUCUUUGUGAUGACCCGCAAGUUUAUCUACAUUGGCCGAGCUGAUCAAAUGCGACGAUCUUUAGCAAGACUUGAUAAACUGGCACGGAAUCAGAAGGACGACAACAGAGAUAUAGUGAAGCGGAUGGAAGAGCUCAAUGAACGUUUAAAAAGAAAUGAGGCCAAUAUUAACAAUCCCGGUAGGGACUUUGAUGACAAUCUGAAUGACAUGCAGAUGAAAUACAGAAUCAGAGACAAGAUACUGCUGAUCAAAUGUUGUGUAGCCUUUGCAUUUGCCAUCUCCAUGUUUCUGGCCCAUUCAUUUCCCAGCAUGAAGGGAAUUACUCUCUGCUGGGCUGCAACAUUGGCGGCGUUACUUUUGCUCAUUUUGACGGACCGACCGGAUGUGGAUAAGAUUCUGGAGGGUGUAGAGUGGGACACUUUAAUAUUCUUUGCUGCAUUAUUUGUUCUAAUGGAGGCGCUUGUCGAAAUUGGACUUAUCGACUGGGUGAGCAAUAAGACAAUCGCUCUUAUCCUGUGUGCGGAUAAGAGUUCGCAAUUAUGUGUGAGCAUUUUAUUAGUACUGUGGAUCAGUGCGCUUGCCUCGUCUUUUGUCGGCAAUAUUCCCAUAACAACCAUGAUGCUUAAACUUACCAUUAAUCUGGCAACAAACGAGGAGCUUAAUCUUCCUUUAACUCCCUUGGUUUGGGCCAUAUCAUUUGGUUGUUGUUUUGGAGGGAAUGGAACGUUAAUUGGAGCAUCGGCCAAUGUGGUAUCUGCGGGCAUGGCUAACUCAUAUGGCUACAAUAUCAAUUUCAAGACCUUCUUCAUUCUCGGCUUCCCGCUAAUGAUUAUCACAUCGGUAGUAGCUUCAAUAUACUUGCUUAUUGCACACUGUUUGUUCACUUGGCACUAA